AUGGCGGCGGCACCGGCGCUCGGUGACGACCUCUUUCAGCGCGGCUACCUCGAGGUGCAUCGGGUUGAACAGAAGCAGCUCGAGGCUACAACAUGGCGACUACGCGCUGCAGCGUACGCGAAUGCGCCUCUCCCUUCGUUCCAGGAUCAGCUCAACGAUCUGGAGGCAACCAAGUCGAAGAACCACGCCGCGUCUGAUCUGCUCAAGACCUUGAACAGCGUUCGGUUGCCUCGCGACUUCAUACGCAACCUCGAAGACAAGAUCGACGAGCUUGAGAAGGGGCAAGGCGAGAGGCUGAGAGACAUGGAGCGGACGUGCGUUCAGCUACUCGGCUUCCUCAACAAGUACGUCAAGGUAUGGCGUCAGGCACAACUCCAUAAUUUCGCCAACAUCAGCACCGCCUUUGGUGCGGCGGCUGCCUCCGGUGUGUCCAUGCUUGAACCAAAUGAGGAAUAUUCGCUAUCAGAACUUCGAAAGACCAUGGAUGAUAGCAACGGCAAUUCAUGGACGCUGGCAAAAGUUCACGCCCGCGUCCGUCGCUUGAAUGAUGAGCUUCAAGAGCAGAAGAGGCUGGCCGGCCGAGUGAAAGACCACGAGGAUGCUGUCCAGCAGCAUCUCGAUCAGAUUCACAACCUGAUGGCACGCGAAGCGGAGCUGAAUGUAGAAGUGGCUGAGCAAGCCAAAUCAAUCGGCAAAUUGGAGGCUCAUGUGACGGAGCUGGAGACAACCGUCAGUGGCUCAAUCCCUUUUGAUGAGCAUCAGGCUGAAAUCGAGCGUUGUCGAGAGGAAUACUCGCAAACCCGUGAGAAUACGGAUGACAAGAAGAAAAUCGAAGAGCUGGAAGACAAGAUUCUCUUGCUGGAAUCUGUCACUAUUCCUGGGCUUGAGAAUCAAGCCAGGAGGCUACAAUCCCUGCUGGAUACGGAGAGAGAGUCGCACAAGAAGCAAGACAUAGAAAUACGGGCCACUGCCAAACGCUACGGCCAGGACGUAAGACUCGAAGCCGACGACACCGUGGUUAAAGUCAUGCGACGAUUGUUCUCUGCGUACAAUGUCGGGCCAAAUCCUAACCUCGUGGGAUCUGCGAAGCGAAUCCUGACACUGCGCCCACAUCCUCCAGGUACCCAAGGCCUCUUCAAGGUCCGAAACAAGAGCGCUCUGGAUUGGGUCUUGACCACGCGAAACCAGAGUGUCAUCGAUUUCCAGUCCAACAUCAUGGAGCGACUGUACAUUGCCGCUUGCGGUGCAUCGAAUGGCGUUCCGAUUCUCCAGGUCCUGGAGAUCAUAUCGUUCCAGCAGACAACCCAAACUAAGGCUCAAUUGGCCAGCGACUGGCAACUCUACCUGAUCAACACGCUCUGGGUCCUCCUUUAUGAUCGCACGUACGAUGAGGGCGACCGAGAAGCACAGCAGCUCGCGGCCUUGCGCGUCGUCGAAUUCAUCAUAAAGCUCGAAGUCGCUAUUGCGGAACCGAUCUUUCGCACGUACUGCCAGAACAUUCUGGACAGCUUCGGCCCCUCAUCAAAGACGCCCGCGACUGCAGCAUUGGCUCGAUGGGUUGACGUUACAGUCAACCAUGGCGAAGGAGAAAGUCUUGUUCUCCACCAAUACUUCACUUCAAGUGAGACAAACGCCGAAACACCGGAUCGAAUGAGUAUCGUUCCCUCUGGAACAUCUCACUGCACCAUGUUGUGCGCGUAUGAGUGUUGCACUGUCAUCGACAACCAAGACAACACAGUAACGGUGUACUCUUGGGAUCAGGUGCGCUGGACCCCAAGUGGUCUGCACAGCAGGCUGGAGACCCUCGAGUUCCAGGGAGACCGGCAUCGCCGCCAGGGCGAUAAGAUCAUACCUUUCCAUCAAAAAGUUCUUCGUCAUGAGGGACGAGAGGAGAUUCAUCGCGUGCUUGAGCGGUUCGCACCGGGCGCCAUCACAAUAGCAUGUAACGAAGCUGUUACACAGUUGCUUUGA